UGAGUGAGGGCAGAAAUGUCCAUUGAGAGUUUCAGCAUAAGACCAAAAGCAGGACUGUCUUACUUUUAAAAACACAAGCCAGAAAUUCAGCUGUGCGUUCAGCAUCGUAAUUCUCACUGAAGAAACCAGUGGUCUUAGUUAUUUGGCUAUACCAUUUCUUCACCCAUCCAUGUUCUUUACCAAGGCACACAGGACCAUGAGGACAUGAGCUUUCAUGGUUGCCACAUCGCCGUAAUGAGCAGCAAAGCCUUCUGCACUGUGUUAAUUGGACUUAUUUUAAGACUCAUGGUCUGUGAUGCAGAAUGUGAAAAUAAUUUUCAUAAAGACAUAACAACAUGUUUAUUUAAAGACCAUUGGAUUGCGGUCAAGAACUUCACACCUCCUGCUGAAUCUGAAAAGGACGAGCAUAUUUUACUCUCUGUCAUAAAUACUCUUUGUUCCACCUGGAAGCAGAAUGGAGAAAGACUUAAGAAUGAAUGUAGGAAUGAUGCAAGGAACUGCAUUGAUUGCCUUGAAAAAGUUAUGUGGACAUAUGAAAAAAUUCUGAAAGACUUUGAAAGGAUGAACAACGCAGACAAAACAGAAAAUAUUACCAAGUUUUGUGAGAACUAUACCUGCAAAGAUACCUAUACAACAUAUUUUAUCAGACCAAAUGACUUUGCGGACAUGUAUCAUAAAAUAUGCAACAAGACUAAAUCAUUGGCAGGUAGCAUCCCAGAGUGCCCAAAAAUACAGAAUUCUACAACUUGUUCCUGCAUUAUCAAGGGCACUUCAUCAUCAGAAGCCACCCAUACCACAAUACCAUCUACAAAGGAAAGCACUUCAUCAUCAGAAGCCACCCAUACCACAAUACCAUCUACAAAGGAAAGCACUUCAUCAUCAGAAGCCACCCAUACCACAAUACCAUCUACAAAGGAAAGCACUUCAUCAUCAGAAGCCACCCAUACCACAAUACCAUCUACAAAGGAAAGCACUUCAUCAUCAGAAGCCACCCAUACCACAAUACCAUCUACAAAGGAAAGCACUUCAUCAUCAGAAGCCACCCAUACCACAAUACCAUCUACAAAGGAAAGCACUUUAUCAUCAGAAGCCACCCAUACCACAAUAACAUCUACAAAUGAAACAAAUUAG